AAAUAUAAGAGAUUUACAGGUCAACAAGUCAAUCUGGAGAAGUCCUCAGUGUUUUUCAGUAAAAACACACCUGAAAAUACCCAAAGAAGUAUAUGCCACAUCUUACAGGGCAUCACCAUACACCACUCAACCAGAUAUCUUGGGUUGCCAUUGGGCAUUGGAAGAUCAAAAGGGGAAACCUUUAAGUAUGUG